AUGAUUGCAGGUCGAAUCAUUGCCGGGCUUGCCACUGGUUCCUUAGUAACCAUUGUACCCCUUUACAUUGCCGAGCUCGCACCCCCAGAGAACCGAGCUUAUUUGGUUGCGCUCAAAGGUCUGCUCACUGGCAUCGGGUAUCUCAUUGCGAACUGGAUCGGCUAUGCGGGCUCAUAUGCUAAGGGCGAUGUGCAGUGGAGAGUCCCUCUGGCCAUGCAGAUUCCUCCGGCCGCUCUCCUGCUUAUCCUUGUUAUCUUUCUUCCGGACUCUCCUCGAUGGUUGGUUACAAAGGAGCGUUACGAAGACGCGGAAAGAGUCAUUGCGAUGCUUCACGCCAAGAAGGGAGAGGACUUCAUUCAACGUGAAAUGCUGGAAAUUCGAGAACAGCUUGCUCUGGAACAAGCCCAACGGACAAGUGCAAGCUGGGUAGAACUCUUUACCCUCCGCUACGCCAAGCGACUCUUACUUGCUUGUUUCAUCCUCAACAUGACCAAGCUUUCUGGUGGUGGCGUCAUCCAAAACUACCAAUCGCUAUUCUAUGCUGGACUUGGCUUCGAAGGAAGGACAGUUCUCCUUAUCAGUGGCUGUUACGGAUUCAUGGGUGUUAUCGGUCAAGUCAUUAACAUGGCGUUUGUAUCUGAUAAAUGGCCACGCAAGCGAACGAUGUGGCUUGGAUCUCUUGUUCUAACAACUUUCCUGGUUCUCCUGACCAUCAUGUCCCGGUUUUACGGCGAUGGCAGCCACCUCGCUGGAGCCGCAGCCGGCGUCGCCUUCAUUUUCCUGUACUCGGCCUGCUACGCUAUCUUCUUUAACAGCACAGUCUGGGUCGUUGUGUCCGAGAUCUUCCCACAGCAUCUCCGCGGAAACAGCAAUGCCUUUGCUGUCUUCUCCAUGUCUGUGACAAACAUUUGGCUGUCCCAGAUUACACCAUACGCAUUUGAGGCUAUCGCUUGGAAGUUUUACUUUGUCUUCAUCGCCCUUAACCUGACCGCCGCCGUUGUCUACUGGGUUUGGCUACCUGAAACCAAUCAGCUGACCCUGGAGGAGAUUGCUGGGGCAUUUGGAGACGAGGUUGUUAAGUCUGAUAAGCUUGAUCAUGACCACAAAGAGGAUACUAGUAAAUGA